AUGAGACUUUCUAGUCCACUAGGCUAUUUUAUAGAUAUACGACUUCCAGAGAGUGAGAUCGUGGAUCGCCAGCUCAAGAGGCGGGAUGAGCUCUUAGCAGAGCCCAUGGUGACACCCAAUGGCCCACCAACAGAAAAACGUCCAACGAGGGGUGAGCACUUUGCUUAUUUGUGGGCUUUUGCUGGUUUCAAGACGCACAUACUUGACGACUUUGACAUGAUUGAGCAAGAGGGUCACCACAAAUGGGGUAUUGAACAAAUGAAGAGCUUCCUGUGGGACAAGAAUCUCCACAUCAUCAUGAGAGGUAACGAGUACAAGCCAGUGGAGGGGACCUGGGACGGAGAUGCGAGAACGUCGGACAUGGUCAAUAUGAGUGAUCACGGUGGAUUUACUGCCGUAUACCUCUCAAGUGGAGUGGAGAAGGAUCUCGGACAGCGCGCAACUUGGGAAGAGAUGCUGGCCCAGUCCACCCAACUAGACGGCCGCGGUAUCGUCAUUCGCAUCAGUACCCUCAUGCUUGGGAUGUACAUAUGCGGCAACGGCAAGCUCUCCGCCUUUAGGGCCCAGAUGGACGCAGGCCUUGAUCACGUGCAAGAGAUCGCCACGGUUGGCGAUCGGACAAUGUUUCCCAAAGAGGUCUUCGAGGAUUGCCCCAAGGAGUUUCUCGAGGGCGAUGUUUUCCAGACCACAGUCGUUGAAGAGAUGCCGUCCAAUGAUGAGUCUUCGUCAGAGGAUGAAAUGCCCUCGGCCAAGAAACUGUCGUCUGUGUAUUUCUGGCAGGUCACUGAAAGCUAG